AUGACGAAACCCUCCGGAUCACAUGCCAGAAAGUCGACCGACGCCAGCGACUCGACGGCAUCAGCGGAACCACCAACCAAGAAGCCGCGCCUCAAACUGAAUGGCCCACGGAGAGAAAGCGAUGAAGGCGGUGACACUAUUACUGUCUCGCGUCCAAGGCGCCUCCAAGACCAAAACAUCAGAUUCAAAUACAGCGACACUAUGGUCAUGACUCCUGCCAGCCCGGUCGCGCCUACCAAGGAAUCUCCUCAACUGGCCCCAUCACCUGCUUCCUCGUCUGGGCUCUCCUCAUUGUCAUCUGCUCCGCCAUCCGAAAAAGAAGCUUCACCAUUUGUUGAUCCCGAGCCAGCUGGAAGGAAUGAUUAUGGCGAUUUCAUGUCUUAUUACAUCGACGGUGGCGAUGAGGAGCCGGAGGCAAUCCCUGAAGCAAAGACAGCAGUAAAGGUCGCCGCCAAGAAAUCCCGGAAGAGCACACCAAAGUCGAAAGCCUCAAAGGCUCCACCUCCACCUCCAAAUCCGGCACCAUCCGCUGUGCCAAAUCCAGGGCUGCAUGUUCAAAAUGAAGUCCCACAGCCUCCGCAAGGUCAAGUGCCGCAGCAAGCUCACGCCCCCGCGCCCCAUCAGCAGCAUGCUGCCCCUUUCCAGCAACUGCCGCACCAACCACCAGCAAACGCUCCGCAACCCCAGCAUGGUCCUUCUACGCAUCCACGGGGUCUACCGCAUGGCCGUGCUCCUCCCCAAGGUCCGCCACGUCCACAUCUUGUUUCGCAGCCGAGCGUCCGAUUCACUGAUAUUGUCCAUGAUCCGCCGCCCGCGGCGCCUGAUACUGUGCCCACCAUGAUUGAAAAGCUUGAACAGCUCACCCUCGCGCUUACCACGUUCGGUGGUGUGCCCCCUGCACCUCCAUCAUCCAUGUCUGCGGCUUCAGCUUCGACUUCACCACCUCCAACUCCAGUCAAGGCUGUCUCCGGCAAUGCUGCCAACCCGCUGGACAAUUUUCUUUCAUUCUUCGAUGCGGAUGGGGACGACGAGGUUGAGCUGACCAACUCCGGCAUACCUGAUGGUCCACUUACGCAUGGCAUCAUCUUCAUCCAAAACGCUCUCAAGUCGUGGGCCCAGCAGCGCGUGUCACAGAUGUACAUGCAGCAGUAUCAUCACCAACUGCAAACACAGCAGCAAUCUAUCGCAAAGCGUGGUCCCGGACGUCCCCGGAAAUUUGAUGAACCGGCCACUAUACUGCCACCAAGCCCGAUAAUUCAGAUGGAGCUAGCCGGAACACCGGAGGGCGCCGCCAUCAAAGCUUUCCAGGCUGUCCUGCACUCUGGGUGUCUUCGGGUCAACACAAAGCUUCCAGCGUCGCUCUCCCGUGCACUUCGAAAACUCUAUAUGCAGAUUGAUCUUUUGAUCAAUCAAGGGGAGAGAGAGCCUCCGCCGGAAUGGCAGUGCAUGUCGUACGGCGCUCAAAUCUCGUCUCACAGAACUCGCGUGGAGAGUUGGAAGGAACAUCAGGCAAAGCUGCAGGAGGAGACGCAGCGGCAGCGAACACUUGCGCAACAUAAUAUCAUGACACAGAUGGGCCUUCCUCCACAGCAAAACUAUCCGAUGACUGCCGCCCAGGCUGAGCACGCACAUGCGGUUGAACUCGAAACACGCAGGGCUCAGGCGCACGCACAUCAGCAGCCAUAUAUCCGCCAGCAGCAUCUCAACCCUCUCCAGCUUGGUCCUCAUCCAUCGGGGCCUAUCGGUGGCUUUCUCCCUUCCCAGCCAGUAAACAACGGCGGGCGACCCUCCUCUGCCGGUCCUUCCAAUGGUACGGGUGAUUCCGUAGUGCAGACGAUGUCGCCAAAUGGUGUUCCGACGUCUCACGCGGCUUCUUCAUCGCCUGGCGUGCAGCUCGACAAGAUGAAGCUCUAUGUACCGGGCUAUCUUCCACGUUCCGGGCAGAACAUUWAGUUUUCUUUCUCCCCACAGAGCGGUCCAGCUGUGAGCAACAAUUUCGCCGAGCAAUCAAGUCCGAACAUGUCCAACGUGUCCAACAUGGGGCCAAUGAGUGCACCACCACCAUCUCACGCCUCCCUACAACCGCCUGUGGACCCGAUCAAUGCCCCUGCGAUUAGAUCACGCCCAUCAACGGCUCCAGUAAGCCCAGAUUCGACGWCCAUGGAUCGUGCACCUCCGGCGCGGCAGUCCACCGUGCAGUCACUCACACCAGCCGCAAAUGCCGACUCAGCCUUCAACGGCAAUUUCCGCGCUCAUCCGAGCUCUCAGACGCCAGUGGUCGUCACACAUGGCUUCACGCCUGUCAACGCACCAACCGCGCGCGCGAGCUCUGCUGUCGCUCAUUCACCACCCGCGGACACAUCUCCCGAAACCAUCAAGGUAGCUAGCAAGAGGUCGACUGGCGGCAAGAUCUCGACUGCGUCCAGGAAGCGUAGCUCAAGUGAGAUGGCCGGUCGUACUGAAAACACUACUAUGCCUUCCAAGUUUCCUCACCCUGGUGCCAUCGUUGAGGAUCAGUGA